GAAGAGGUUGUCUGAGCUGCUGAACAAGUCUUGCCAGCCUGUAAUGAUGCUCGGGAGGAGUGAGCAUUAGCUCUUUCACUCUUCCCUGUCACUCAGAGCAACACGACAUUAAUGUUCUGCAUUUAAAGCUCCUGAGAGAAUUCAAGGACAUGGAUAAAGGAAAUCCCAUUACUUGAGUUACUACAGAGUGCAAUGCAAACAAGAGGAGAUGAAGAUGGAGAUGAAGAGAAGAAGAAGAAGAAGUGCAAGAAGAGGUCAUGUCCAACGACGUGCAUUGACAACCAGAGAAAGACACACAUCACUGUGGAGCGUAACCGACGCCGGCUGAUGAACGACCACCUCGCUGCACUGCGCUCACUCAUGCCACCCAUGUACGUGCAACGUGGUGAUCAGGCCUCGGUGGUGGCUGGUGCCAUUGAGUUCGUGAAAGAACUAGAGCAGCUCCUUCUCACUCUUCAUGCUGAGAAGAAGAGUUCAAGCUCAAGUUUAACUCCGGCUGGGUUCUUCUUCAUCUCACCCCAGUUCACCGGAGAAGGUGCUCAUAGGGUGGAAGUGGAGGCUUCGUUGGUGCAGGGGCAUGUAAACCUUAAGGUUCUAUCACCUCGGUGGCCAGGGCAACUGGUUAGAGUCAUUGCAGCGCUUGAAGAGCUCAGGUUCACUGUGCAACACCUCAACGUCACUUCCCUCAGCUCAAACUCCAUAUUCUACUCUCUCAACCUCAAGAUGGAAGAAGAGUGCAGGCUUGGGUCUGCGGAUGAGAUUGCAAGUUCUGUGCACCAGAUUUUUUGCUGCAUAAACACCAGUUGAGAUGAUAAAAGAGAACGUGCAAGUACGGAAACAGACACACAGAGAGAGAGAGAGGAGAGUGGUCCACACUCCACAGUGUUGCGAUUGUGGACCUGUAGUGAGCCGUCUCAUGUUAGCGGUGCAGAGUAGUGUGCGCCACUCCUUGUUGUAUGCAUAUGUAUAUUUUUGGGAAGGAAUGCUUGGUUUUAAAUGAUUGACAGAGGAUGCUUGGCUUUUUUAUAUCUAGUUAACCGGCCCUUUUGUUGGCCUCUUUUUAGGGUUUGCAUUUCGAGGUUUAAAAGGAACUUAGU